AUGAAUAUGGAUGAAACCAUUGUUGUGUCGAGUGUAAUUGACAAACUUCUACCAUCAUGGGAAGACUUCAAACAUAAUCUGAAACAUCAAAAGGAGGAACUUUCCAUGGUUCAACUUGGUAAUCAUUUGCACAUUGAAGAAUCCUUUGGUGCGCAAGAGAGUGAGAAAAGCAAAAGUAAAGUUGAAUCUGGACAUCCAUCGGUUCAUAUGGCUGAAAACAAACCAAGAAAUCCGAACAACAAAGGACAUGGAAAACAUAAGCAGGAAUAUGUCCCAAAUAACUCCAAUAAAAAGAAACAGGAAUUGGUUUGUUGGAGGUGUUUAAGGGUGGGACAUUUCAAGUGUGAUUGUCGUAAUGGUGCUGGAAAUAGUGGAACCAAUGGAGGUGGAAAUAGGUCCAAGGACCAAGUGAAAAGGAGGUCAGUUUUUGACUAA